AAUGUCAGAGAUGUAUAACGACGGAGAGGGAGUAAAAGUUUGUGUCACAACAGUGAACACACACAAAACAGUGUUCCGCCUACAGCUGGUUCUUUGUCAGCCCCAAUUCGAUGGAUAAGGGUAUGCGGGGCGGAACUCGAAUUCGGCUGCACCCCAGUGAGAAAAUGAUGGCUACCACCGAUCUAUUUAGUACGUUUCAUUCUUUGCCUGCACUCCACGGCUUUCACCAUGGCCAAUAAAACGGAGAAGCAGCUACGAGAACUGGUCAAGGAAUACAAUGAGGAUCUCAGUGGACGCAAUACAACCGACAACGGGCCAGUAAAAGGCAAUCUUGCUUCUGCCGACGAUGAUGGAUCUACGGCUUCCAACGGACGAGAACAUCGCAAUGUGGUUGAGAAAGAGCCAAGACAUAUCCGAGAAGAUCCAAUUGCAUUCAUGCUAAACGUGGGACUUCAUAUACAAGGGACCGGCUGGCGUGGGUACAAGUCAUACAUCGGCAACCGUAUCUUGUAUCCUGAAUUUUCUUCGCGGAUGAAGGACGCAGUUUUAAACAGUGCCCAGGUGCAACAGGUCAUCAAUGAAAUCGCCGAGCGACAAGCCCAACGAUUGCAAAGUACACAAGCGCUGACAAAAUCCUCCAAAUUAUCAGCCCAAGACAUUGUUCGUCAACGACGCAAACAGCAGAAAGCUCUGAAACGAGAAUUACAAGCCGUAGCCAAAGCCAUUGCCGACAAAAGCAUCGCUACCAUGGACAGCAUGCGUGUUGUCAGAUUUUUUGCAUUUACCGUGAACAACAUUCUUGUUCGUUUAUACCACCAAGGCAUACAUAUUAAAGAAAGCGAAUGGGUAGAGCUCAAACGGGUAGCUCUACUUGCUCAGGAAAAGAAGCAAUCGCUGAUUUUGUUACCAUCGCACAAAUCCCAUAUUGACUAUCUCGUUGUAUCCUAUCUCAUGUUCCGUCUUGGUCUACAAAUUCCUCACAUUGUGGCGGGCGAUAACUUGAAUCUGCCGAUUGUCGGCAAAAUCCUCAAGGGCUGCGGUGCCUUUUAUAUCCGAAGAGAGUGGGGUGACGAUGUGUUGUACAAAACAAUUUUGGAGGAAUAUGUUGCCACUUUAUUAUCCCAAGGCAUGAAUUUUGAAUGUUUUGUGGAAGGAACCCGCUCACGGUUAGGAAAACUACUGCAGCCAAAACUGGGUAUCCUGAAAAUUAUCCUGGACGCCUUUGUUGACGGCCGCUUUUCAGACUGUCACAUUGUGCCUAUUUCACUGGGGUACGACAAGAUCAUCGAGACUUCAAGUUAUGCCAACGAACUCUUGGGUAACCCCAAAGAGAAAGAAAGUCUAUGGGGCAUUAUUACAAACACUCGAUUAUUGCAACUUAAAUGGGGCCGAGUCGAUGUGCGUCUUGGAAAACCCUACUCACUCAAAGGAUGGCUGGAUGAUCAGAUCAAAAUGCGAGGCCCGAUGGAUCUCACUAAUACCGAACAGAAAUCGAUUUUAUUAAAGUCACUAGGAUAUCGAGUUCUUGCUGACAUUAAUGCGGUAUCAGUGGUCAUGCCUUCGGCUCUGGUUGGGACGGUCAUUUUGACGCUGAGAGGCCGUGGUGUGGGUCGCAGUGAGUUAAUCCGGCGAUUCAAUUGGCUGCGGAAAGCGAUUGAGGCCAAAGGGGGUCAAGUGUCGGAAUUCCAUGGCAUGUCAACGGGUGCUAUCGUCGAUAGAACGGUUCAAAUCCACAAAGAUUUGAUUGGUGAACGGAAAGGCAAAGACAUCUUGGAACCUACUUUUUAUGGCAUUGAUCCAUUCGAAUUAUCUUAUUACAGAAAUCAGGUCAUUCAUUUAUUCGUUGAAGAAGCCAUUGUCUGUGCAGCUCUUUAUACGAAUGUCAAGAAAGGAGGGGGCAAGUCGCAUCAACGCAUGCAGUACGCUGCACUUUUGGAGGAAAUCACAUUCCUUUCUAGUCUCCUGAAGCUGGAUAUGAUCUAUAAGCCAGGAGGAGUGGAAAACAAUACCCAACGAACCAUUGACUGGCUAGCGGAACACCGAGUGAUUCAAGUGGAUGAAGAAGGUUACGUCGGUCUUUCAGAUUACGAGCGACAAUGUGGACGAGAAAAUUAUGAUUUUCUUUGUUUCUUGAUUUGGCCAUUCAUUGAAUCGUAUUGGUUGGCUGCUGUCAGUCUGUUCUCCUUAGCUCCGCCUAAUGUGACAACGCAGAAAGAGCCAGUGUGGGUAGAAAGCAAGGUGUUUGCCAAUCGAGUCCAAGCCUUGGGAAAAACCUUGUAUUAUCAAGGAGAUCUGAGUUAUUUAGAGGCUGUCAAUAAAGAGACAUUGAGCAAUGCAUUUGUGCGAUACGAGGAGCAACACAUCUUGGUAAAGAGACGCCAUGGAUCUCCUAAACCGCGGUCGGAAGUAUCGUUGGAACCCGCUUACGUUCCGGAGCGAAUGAACGGGGUACUCAUCCCCAGGGGCCAUUUGUGGGAAUUGGUUGAACGCAUCGGUACAUUUAGACGAGAAGGCAAAAAUCGACGCGAUAAUGCAACAGGUACGUGCAUCCAAAAACUUUGUGGUUUUCAAAAGCCCGGUUUUUUUUUUUUUUUUUGUCUCACAAAUCACGGUCAAUUAUUUUAAUUUAAUUUUAUAUUGUAUUGUAUGAUAUGGUAUUGUAUUAUGUGGGCCAACUAACCACCUGCGUUAUAAUAGUGAGCACCCGUGUUUUGCGGUUGGCGGAUCUCCUUGGCGAAGAUAAUGCAGGUCUUUCCACGCAGCAGAAAACGCUGUUCAAGCGUUUAAGUUCUGAAAAAUCCAGACUUUGAAAGUACACUUGGCAGAGUCCAAGUGCAUGCAUGGUAUAAACUCAUAUAUCCUUCCAUGAUUUGAUUUAAUUAGAGGAAAAUGCAUCU